AUGAAGCUGAUCCCAAUUAUUUUGAAUGCUAAGAAUCUCAGUGGGAUGGCUGGAUCCAUAUCAAUAUGCUGUUGGAUUGUUGUGUUUGUACCACAGAUUUAUGAAAACUUCCGAAGACAGUCUGCGGAGGGAUUAUCACUGCUUUUCAUUGUGUUGUGGCUAUUAGGUGAUAUAUUUAACGUCAUGGGAGCUAUGAUGCAAAAUUUACUCCCAACCAUGAUAAUUUUAGCUGCUUACUAUACAUUGGCAGAUUUAAUUUUGUUAAUACAGUGCAUGUGGUAUGACAAGGAGAAGAAGAGCAUUUUACAAGAAGUCAAGAAAAAUGUUGAUCCUGUGCAUUUGCCUCCAGCAAACCCCAUAAAUGAGACUGUCUUACAAGACGUUUUUAAUGAAUAUGAGCCACUUUUGCCAAGGAUAGAAGAAGAAGAUAGCCAAUCGUAUAGCUCGCUUGAGCUUGGCAGAACAAUAGUCGUAAAGGAAAGAGAGAAUUUUUUCAAUGACUUCUUAAUUGUUUCAGGUGUACUUAUUGCCGGAAUUUUGUCAUGGUAUAUAUCUUACUGUUCCGGCCUAGAUAACGGUAUUCCUAAAAAAAAACCUGCGUUCGAACAGAUUAAUUUACCUGCACAAAUUUUAGGGUAUUUAAGUGCGAUACUGUACUUGGGCUCUAGGAUCCCUCAGAUUGUUCUUAACUUCAAAAGAAAAUCAUGCGAAGGAGUCUCAUUCCUAUUCUUUUUAUUUGCAUGCUUAGGGAACACUUCUUUCAUAAUCUCAGUGCUCUCAGCAUCUUGGCUUAUCGGUAGCGCUGGUACGCUGUUGAUGGACUUCACAGUUUUUAUUCAAUUUUUCCUUUACGCCAAACCUAAAUACGAGAAAAUACUAAUAGAUAAUUAA